AAAGGCAUAACGAUAAUUCUGAAAAAACAUUUAUAAUUUGACAGGAAAACAACAAAGAAAGAAAACAAAAUAAUUAUUUGCUUUACAACAAAUCCAAAAAAAAGCUAAUUGGGAGCUCUCCUCAUCCACAUUUUCUUCUCCGCAAGAAAUCAAGGGAAAACCCAGAAUCAUCAUCAUCAUCAUCAUCGUCGUUCCCGAUUGUCAUAUAAUCAGAGCAGCUGAUUCUUCCUUGUGUGUGGGGUCAAUCAAUCGUCUAGGUUUCGCAGCCGCCGCCGAAAAAGGUGUGUUUCGUGAUUGUGUGUAGCUAGCUCGAUGGCAGAUAAGACGAAAUCGUCCUCCUCCUUCUUCAACAGGUCGCUUACAAUCCACGGCCACAGAACAACGGAUUCAACCCCCAAAUCACACAGCCUCAAUCCUUCUCUCAACCGAACCACCUCCAUAACCAAAUUCUACAACCCCGUCGAAACCUCUCUCAAAGGAAAAGUCAAGAACCUCUGCAGACUAUUCGAAGGCUCCAAAUCCUCCGCCAAACCAACCGAUCCUCCUCAGAAGCAUAAAUCAAACAAAUCGGUUCUAUCCGAAUCGCGGUUAUCCCCGUUUCUGAGCUUAAACAACUCCGUGAUCCGUCUCCCCGGGACGGAGGACAGGAUCGUGGUGUAUUUCACCAGCUUGAGAGGGAUCAGGCGGACGUACGAGGAUUGCUACUCCGUGAGGAUGAUCUUCAGAGGGUUUAGGGUUUGGAUCGACGAGCGCGACGUUUCGAUGGACUCUGCUUACAAGAAGGAGCUUCAGAUCGCGAUGGGGGAGAAGAGUAGCGUGUCGCUGCCUCAGGUUUUUAUAAUGGGGAAGCAUGUUGGUGGUGCUGACGUGGUCAAGAGCUUGUUCGAGAUUGGUGAGCUAGCGAAGAUCCUCAAGCUGUUUCCCGUGAGGGAGCCGGGGUUUGUGUGUCGUUGUUGUGGGGACGCUAGGUUCAUUCCGUGUUCGAAUUGUAGUGGGAGUAAGAAACUGUAUGAUGAGGAUGAAGAUAGGCACAAGAGGUGUCCCGAGUGUAAUGAGAAUGGGUUGAUACGGUGUCCUGAUUGCUCCUCUUGAGAGAGAUAAAUCAAGAAGAGAUAGGUAUUUGGUUUCUCUAUUGUUUUCUAGAACAAAGUGAUUGAUGAUGCUGCUACAAGUAUCCCAAACUCUCUUUUGGAUCAGCAGCAAUAUCUCACUUUCGGCUUUUUUAAAGGUUUGUUGUGAUCAUCGGUAUCAUUGGGAAUGCUGAUGAUUGGUUGUUGAUUUAGAUAAUGUGUGUUUGGUACUAAAGACUAAUGUAAUUUAUGUCGAAAUGUCUGAAACGGGUAGUAAGCAUUUUGGCUCUUGUGUGUCAAUGUUGUGAAGAGUUGUCAUGCCUAUGUAUUUGAUUGUAAAUACACUUAGUGUGUUUAUUGGGUAUUGUGUAUUCUUACGACCGUGGCUUUCUUCUGUAUGAUUUCGUCUUUGUAUGGCAACUUGGUAAAUAUGUAUUCUACCAACAUAAUUAUU